CGGGUCUAGGUCUUCGAGACGCCGUUGGACGCAGUGUCGGAAAGACGGGGACUCUGGGGACUUGGGGGAGGACUAGUGGGCGUGUCCUGGCGGACCGAGGUUCCGCGAGAGCCGCGGACCGAGAGCCAUCCUGUCCUGUGUGCAUAGGCUCCGUGGGGCACGGACAUAGGCACUGCUAUCAGUGUCCUUGUGGGUACGUCCACUGUGUGUCAGAGUCCUGUACUUUCAAAGUUGGAGGUCCCAGUCUUCUUUUUUUCCAUAAUGGAUGUUGGCGACCACUCCACUCAUGCAGUCCCCCAGGUCAGCUUCUCGCCCCGAGCCUGCGCCGGAAUAUCCUGGCGUGAGCAUAGGAUGCUCCUGGAGGAUACCGGAUUUGAGAAUAAAUUCCAGCAGAGAAUUGGCCAAUCUGAGACUGUCUGUUUAAAGGCCCGUGCUACUCAUCCCAAUGGACAUAUCAUUCCUAAAAUACAUAUCUAAUGAGGACACAACUAUGCUGAAAUCCCUCCCAAAGCACCUUUUGAUGUAGUUUGACCUCUGCUGGCUUCUCCAUGUUCAUCUUCCCUCCAGUGUUGUUCAUGACUAAGACUCCCCAUAUCUAAUCUCAGUAGUAAUUCUUUUAUUUUUUUAGAUUUAUUAUGUAUACAGUAUUCUGCCUUUCAUAUAUUCUUGCUCACCAGAUGGGGCACCAUAUCUCAUUGUAGAUGGUUGUGAGCCACCAUGUGGGUGCUGGGAAUCGCACUCAGAACCUUUGGAAGAACAGCCAGUGCUCUUAACCUCUGAGCCACCUUACCAGCCCCUAAGUAAAUCUUUUUUUUUCUUUUGUAAUUCUUUAUGUGAUAAAGAUCUGCCUCUUACUUAUUCGAGACUCAAGGCUUUCCCUGCUUGUAAUAUUGCUCCUCCCUCUCAUCAAAACCAUAGAUCCCAGUUGAGCUAAGAAAGCUGCAGCGCUUCUCCCUCAGUCCCUCCAGCCUGGACUAAGGGGGUGGCGAGGCUACAAACACGCACCACCGCACCUACCGGUCUGUAGUUAGACUCCUCACUGUGAGAAGGUGAGAGACGUUCAGCUAACCCAAGCAAAGGGAGGUCGAAGAGGAUAAGAGUCUUCUGGAAAUCCAUGGAACUGGAGCUCACUUCCUUAACUCAUCUGGCACUGCCCAUGAGCGCCAGUGUUCCACCACUGUGAGCCACAAGCAUUGGUUCUGUCUUCUGGUGACUGCACUCCUGGUCCCGUGAUUACUUCAGCACCUCCUGAUAUCUUUUUGACUCAUCGCUUACAUAAUGUCCCAACACUUUAAAAAUUCAUGUUCACAAAGAAGGAUCUUUUCGUCCUGGAUCAUAUCUGUCAUAGUUUUUGUCAACUGAAUACAUACUCAGGAAGAGAGAAUCUCAAUCCAGCUGUCCCCACAGGACUCUGUCUUUCCCUACCAGAACAGCGUAGGAGGGAAUGGCUGCUGUGUCUCCACCUACCAGAUGUCAGGCAUCAGUGACAUUUGAAGAUGUGGCCGUGACUUUCUCAGAUGAAGAGUGGAGGUGUCUGGUCCCUGUGCAGAGGGCACUCUACAAGGCAGUGAUGCUGGAAAACUAUGAGAGUAUCAUCUCACUGGGGCUUCCUGUUCCUCGACCUGAUAUGAUUCUUCAAUUGAAGAGAAGGGGUGAGCCGUGGAUGCAGGGUCUUCAUGGAUCUGAGGAAAAAGAACGGCCAGGGAGCAUCUCUCUAGACCACGAGACUAAGUCUGAGAUCCUAGGUGCUUCAGAAGGAACACCAAGAGAAAGCUAUAGAAAGCGAAGUUCUCUGUGCCCGAAACGUGAAGUUCAAAUUCUAGCAGGUGGGUUGGAACCAGAGAAGAAAAGUUCUAAAGUAGAGACUUGCAAGAAACCCCUUUCCUUGGAUAAGAGCUUGCAGCAAAGGUCAGCCCCGUCCAAGAAAAUCCUCAGUAAACAUCAAGACCAGGAAUGUAGUGACUGUGGGAAGACCUUCUUUGACCAUUCCUCACUCAUCCGCCACCAGAGGGCUCACACCGGAGAGAAGCCCUAUGACUGUCCUGAGUGUGGGAAGGCCUUCAGCCACAGGAGCAGUCUCAGCAGACACCUGAUGUUCCACACAGGACAGAGCCCAUAUGAGUGCAGUGCAUGUGGCAAAGCCUUCUUUGACCGGUCGUCCCUAACAGUGCAUUACCGGAUCCACACAGGAGAGAAGCCUUUUAAAUGCAAUGAGUGUGGCAAAGCCUUCUUUGACCGCUCAUCCCUCACUCGCCACCAGAGAAUCCAUACUGGGGAGAGUCCCUACGAAUGUCAGCAGUGUGGGAAAGCCUUCAGCCAGAAGAGCAUCCUCACUCGUCACCUGCUGAUCCACACGGGCAGGAAGCCUUACGAAUGCAGUGAAUGUGGGAAAGCAUUCUAUGGUGUCACGUCCCUAAACAGACACCAGAAAGUACAUACCGGGGAGCCACGCUUUCAGUGCAGUGACUGUGGCAAAGCUUUCUUUGACCGCUCUUCUCUCACACAGCACCAGAAGAUACACACUGGAGACAAGCCGUAUGAGUGCAGUGAGUGUGGGAAAGCCUUCAGCCAGAGGUGCCGGCUCACACGGCAUCAGAGAGUUCACACAGGGGAGAAACCCUUUGAGUGCGGUGUGUGCGGCAAAGAGUUCAGCUCCAAGUCCUCCGUUAUUCAACAUCAGAGGCGUUACGCCAAACAAGGGAUAGACUGAACAGGGGAGAAGCCUGAGCUAAACAAAGGGCCUUUCUAGAAACUCAGUAAGUCUCCUUGUCAUCGACAAAUCCAGCCUUUGCUCAUUCCGCCAACUCUGGCCACUAUCUUCCUGCCCCACCUCUGCUCCAAUGUCUAAGUAAACAGUGCACUCACUGUACUACAGAAGCAAUGUGGAGUGCAGAAGCUACAACAGGAAGCUCCAGAGUCAACAUUUUGGGUGGAGGCUGGGCGUAGCUCAGUGGUAGAAUACUGCUAGCAUGCAUGAGGCCCUGCAGCUUGAUCCCCAGCACUGCAAAAGACACUGAAGAGAUUGCCAGACGGCUGGAUGGGUAUUAGAGGAGGGGAAUCUACAGACAUACCUUGUGAGGACAGGCCUGUUAUCACUGUACUUUAAUAGCUGCAGGCAGGAGGGGAGUGUCACAGUUAUGGGAGAACAGCAUUUUCUUCAGAAGCAUCUUUAGAAGCUUGCUGUCUUGUGCCCCAGCAUUUACCCUCCUAGUGCUACUAGUAGUAGUAAUAGCACUUAUUAAGCACUUACCUUGGAGUAAACACUCAGUGAAUUUUUAGAAGGGCUAUAAUGACUGAUCCUCUCGCUAAAUCUGUGAAACAGGCCCUUUUGCUGUCUGAAUUUCACAGAGGAGCACACUGAAGUUUAGAGAGAUCAAGUAACGUACUGUAGGUCACACAAAGUGAAGCCAGGCAUCUUGAUUACUUUUCUGUUGUGCAGAUUUCUUAUAAAAGAAAUCAUUUCCAGGGCUUGCUUCUAGCUCCAGAAGGUGAGUCUGUGGCCAUCGUGGCAGGGAGCAUGGCAGCAGAUAGGCACAAUGCUGGAGCAGUAGCUGAGAGCUUAUAUACGAUCCACAAGCAGUAGGCCAAGAGAUGGGGACAGACAGACAGACAGACACACUGGUCUUGGCACAAGCUUUUGAAACUUCAAAACCCACCCCCAGUGGCACACCUGUUCCAACAAAGCCACACUUCCUAACCCUUUCUAAACACUCCAUCAACUGGGAACCAGACAUUAAAAUAUAUAUGAGCUUGUAGGGCGAUUCUCAUUCAAACCAUGUUCUACUCGAGGACAAGAUCAGCUGAUCUUCAUGCUGAGAAAUAGGUCUUUUUGCUGUCUGAAUUUCACAGAUGAGCACACUGAAGUUUAGAGGUUUAGUAACAUACUCUAGACAACACAAGGUGAAGCCAGAUCUUCAGUAUGGGACUGCCUUCAGUGUCUACUACAGUAAGAUGCUCUUAAGUUUUGUCUUAUAAUUUAUAUGCCUGAAUUAUCUUCUCAACUGGAUUGAAGCACUUGGAGGUGUGAUUUAAUAGGUCUCUGUCUUACAGGGUGCCUUUCAAAUAUUAGGUGAUCAAUAAAUGUUUAUCUAAAUGAAUACUCAGGUCUCCAUUCAAAACCUGCUUGGGUCUACCUCCUAUCUUAAGUUUUCACAAUCUGGCCUCUAACAUCCCAGUAGUCACUUCUAAGUUCUAUUUCUUCCUUCUUAAUUGCUCAAGAUGAAUACUAAGCCCUGGCACAGUAACAAAGAAGCCUCCUAAAUAAAUAAGUUCCUGUGUCUGUCAUCUGGUGUGUAUCUGUCCAUUCAGUCUACACAGUUUGGGCCCCACGCAUCACCGUGAAUGAGGAAGGGAAACCUAAAGCAUAUUUAUCAGCUAAGUGCCAUUCUGCUGACUUCUACUUGAGGUAGAAUCCACACCUGAGGGCUAAGAACAUAAACAGGCACCUUGACACUUGGAUGAUACUAGAAGCAGAGUUGCAUUUUGCAUGUAACUUAGCUCUGCCUUUCCACAUGGCCCCUUUCUGCCCAAUGUUCCAGACCUAAAAUACUUCUCUAUUGAAUGAAAUACCUCUGGAUAUUUAAAAUCUUCCUUAGUUCACUCUCCCAUCACCUAACAUUCGAUCCUAAGUACCCAAACACAUCUGUUUCCCAGAUGAAACCCUGUAUUUUGUUGUAUUAAAGUCAGGUAUGAGGCAACCUUGACUUUGGGAGUCUGUAUUCGUUUUCUGCAAGGUAAAGCCUGGGAAAGAGCUUGUGUAUUCCAGUAGAUCAAAGUGAGUUUCUCUUAGACCUGAGAGGAAGCUGCCUCUCCCAUGCUACUAAACAUAAAUUAAUUUUGGUCUCUUUUGAAGCAGAAAACUUUCAGGGAAUACAUUUGAUGUACAUAAUAUAUAUAUAAUUUACGCACCUUGAAGAAAAAUGUCACAGGAUCUGUGUGUAGAUAAUACCUAAUGUUUCAUAAUGUCCAGAAAAAUUAAAGGGACUAUUGACACGUCUGUUGACUCUUUCUGAGAGUUCUGAGUUCUUCAAAAUAAAUUUGAGUGUCAAAUAUUA